UGUGGUCACAAGUUGUUGUGUGCAAUAUUGAGCAUUGCUUGGACUGUGGAAGUCACACGAUAAUGCAUCGACUAAAACACUGAGAACACAUAGCUAAUUGUAAAUUCCGUGCUAAUUCAUGGUGCUACUUAGCCCAUCUUUCAUCAAUUAUACCUUUUAUCGCUCACAAAGUCAAAGCCAAAGCCAAAGCCAAAGUGAGAGACGACGAUGUGUUAAAAUUGGUAUCCGAUGUGGGAUAGCGGAGCCAUCAGGGAAACCAGCACCAUUAGGCCAGAAAACAAAGUACAAUGAUGGAUUGUUUGAGAAGGCAUUCAUGGCUCUAUUCGCACGAAAGAUGGAGAAGUUUGGUGCGAAUAAAAAAGAGUCUGAUGAAAAGAAGAAAGGUUGGUUUGAUUAUAAUUACGAUAGUUUUGUCGAUGUUUCGAGGAAAGUAAUGCAGGGGAGGUCACGGUUGCAGCAGCAGCAAGUUGUUCGUGAAGUCCUCAUGUCUAUGCUUCCUCCUGGAGCUCCUGCUCAGUUUAGGAAAUUGUUUCCACCAACCAAAUGGGCAGCAGAAUUCAACGCUGCGAUUACUGUGCCUUUCUUCUUCUGGUUAGUUGGUCCUUCUGAGGUUGUGGAAGUGGAGGUAGAUGGGGUGAAACAGAAAAGUGGAGUUCACAUAAAAAAGUGCAGGUAUUUGGAAAACAGUGGGUGUGUAGGAAUGUGUGUGAAUAUGUGCAAAAUACCAACACAAGACUUCUUCACAAACGAAUUCGGACUUCCAUUAACAAUGAAUCCAAAUUUUGAAGACAUGAGUUGUGAAAUGGUUUACGGACAAGUACCACCGCCAUUUGAAGAAGAUCCUGUCUCUAAACAACCUUGUUAUGCAGACAUAUGCACCAUUGCAAAUCCCAGCUCAAAUGUCUGUCCAAAACUCAGCGCUAGUUAGAUGAAGAUGGUGGAAAAUUUUAGUAUAGCACAUGCCUUUUUUGCAUUCAAGUCCAAUAUACGUAUCCAUACGAUCAAGAAUAUAUAUAUAUGUGUGUAUUUAUAUGUAACACUUGUAAUUAUACAUUUGUUUCCGGAAACACUUU